AUGUCUGACGCCGAUUUCGAGGCUGUUCGGAAGCUCCAGGCUGAGCGGAAUGCCGCUUCAGCUGGGAAACAAGGUUCUAGGACCUUUGAUCCGUCUAGCCAGCGCACUGACAGCUCGACCAAGGCCUCCCUGACUGAAUCCUUCGAUACGGAUGUCUACGAACGCGAUGGCGCCAACAAAUUUGCCGGCUAUGACACUUCGAUUGCCGUUAAUGAUGACGAUGAGGACAUGGAGGAUGCCGAUGCCGGUCACCGUCUUGUCGGCCAGUAUACCGCGACCAAAAGUCAGAUGGAUGAGUUCGCCCACGGUAACGGGGUCGAAGAGGAGGACAUUCUUCUCGGUCGCGAGAAGGCGGCCAGGAUCGCCGACCGAGAGACAGAUUAUCAGAAGCGUCGGUUCAACCGUGGUCCCUUGACCCCAACCCGGGCCGAUCCCUUUGCCGCGAACUCUCACGCGAACGUGGAGGAGUCGGAUGGCCAGACUUAUCGUGAAGUCAUGGCCCUACGUGACCUUGAAAAAGAAGAAGAGCGUGUCCAGAAGCUGAUUCAAGAGAAGCAGGCCCGUGGUGAGGACGGCGUCCCCGAACAUGAGGCCACGUUGAAGCUGGAAGACAAGGAGAAUGCCGACGCCGGUUCGGCCGUCUCUGUUGCCACUGGCCGCAAGCGCAAGCAGCGGUGGGACGUGUCUUCCGAGCCCACCGAGACGGCACCAGAGCCUCCUCAGUCCACGGAGGCUAAGCCCAAGAGAUCCCGUUGGGACCAGACUCCCGCGCCGGCAGCGCCUGGCGAAGAAGCACCCAAACGUCGGUCGCGAUGGGAUCAGGCACCCUCGCUCGCACCCGGUGCGACUCCCGUCGGUAACCAGGGACUUGCGACCCCCAUGCACCCGUCGCAGACAGGCUCAUCGGCUAUGCUUCCAACCAGCUUUGGAACCGAUAUCUCGGCUCGUAACGCCCCCUUGUCCGAUGAGGAGCUGGAUAUGAUGCUGCCCUCUGAAGGCUACAAGAUCCUCGACCCUCCCCCGGGUUACGCUCCGAUCCGCACCCCUGCCCGGAAACUCAUGUCCACUCCCGCCCCGAUGGCCAGCUCGACUGGCGUUGGUGGCUUCAUGAUGCAGGAGCCAGAGAGCGCUCGGGCUCUCGGCAAGCAACUCCCAACUGAAAUCCCUGGUGUCGGUGAUCUGCAAUUUUUCAAGCCUGAGGAUAUGGCCUACUUUGGCAAGCUUAUGGAAGGAGGGGACGAGAGCGUGAUGUCUGUGGACGAAAUGAAAGAGCGAAAAAUUAUGCGACUGUUGCUGAAGGUCAAGAACGGCACGCCACCCAUGAGAAAGACUGCCCUGCGUCAGCUCACCGAUAACGCACGGAAUUUCGGAGCGGGACCUUUGUUCAACCAAAUCCUUCCCCUGCUUAUGGAGAAGUCUCUGGAGGACCAGGAGCGCCACUUGUUGGUCAAGGUUAUUGACCGUGUGCUCUACAAGCUCGACGAUCUCGUUCGUCCUUACGUCCACAAGAUUCUCGUCGUCAUCGAGCCAUUGCUCAUUGACCAGGAUUACUACGCUCGUGUGGAAGGUCGAGAAAUUAUCUCGAACUUGGCCAAGGCCGCUGGUCUUGCUACCAUGAUCAGUACUAUGCGUCCCGAUAUCGAUCAUGUGGAUGAAUAUGUGCGAAACACGACUGCUCGAGCUUUUGCCGUGGUCGCCUCCGCCCUCGGUAUUCCAGCUCUCCUUCCCUUCCUUCGUGCUGUCUGUCGCAGUAAGAAGUCCUGGCAGGCCCGACACACUGGUGUGAAGAUUGUUCAACAAAUCCCCAUUCUUAUGGGAUGUGCUAUUCUUCCCCAUCUCAAAGGUCUGGUCGAUUGUAUCGCCGACAACCUCAGCGACGAGCAGGCCAAGGUUCGCACGGUCACCGCUUUGGCUGUGGCCGCCUUGGCUGAAGCCGCCAACCCUUACGGUAUCGAAAGCUUCGAUGAGAUCCUGAACCCCCUGUGGACGGGAGCCCGGAAGCAGCGUGGUAAGGGUCUGGCCGCCUUCCUCAAGGCCGUCGGUUACAUCAUCCCUCUGAUGGACGAGGAAUAUGCCAACUACUACACCAGUCAAAUCAUGGAAAUUCUUCUCCGUGAAUUCGCAUCUCCGGAUGAAGAGAUGAAGAAGGUUGUUCUGAAGGUGGUCUCACAGUGUGCCAGCACCGACGGUGUGACGGCUAGCUACCUUAAAGAGCACGUUUUGACCGACUUCUUCAAGAGCUUCUGGGUCAGGCGGAUGGCCCUCGACCGCAGGAACUAUCGUCAGGUGGUUGAUACCACUGUCGAUCUCGGACAAAAGGUUGGUGUUGGUGAGAUUCUUGAACGUGUUGUCAACAACCUGAAGGACGAGAGCGAACCCUACCGAAAGAUGACCGUGGAGACGGUCGAGAAGUUGAUUGCUGCUCUCGGAGCGGCCGACAUCUCGGAGAGGCUGGAGGAGCGGCUUAUUGAUGGCGUUCUCUAUGCCUUCCAGGAGCAAAGUAUCGAAGACAUUGUCAUCCUGAACGGCUUUGGCACCGUGGUGAAUGCUCUCGGCACUCGCUGCAAACCCUACCUGCCUCAGAUUGUCAGUACCAUCCUUUGGCGAUUGAACAACAAGUCUGCCACCGUGCGUCAACAAGCGGCCGAUCUCAUUUCUCGUAUUGCCAUGGUCAUGAAGCAAUGUGGCGAGGAUGCUCUCAUGGGCAAGCUAGGCAUCGUCCUCUACGAAUAUCUGGGUGAGGAAUACCCUGAGGUGCUCGGUUCUAUUCUCGGUGCCCUGCGGUCUAUUGUCACGGUGGUCGGUAUCAACCAGAUGCAGCCACCCAUUCGAGAUCUUCUUCCCCGUCUUACUCCCAUUCUUCGGAACCGUCACGAAAAGGUUCAGGAGAACACUAUUGAUUUGGUUGGUCGUAUUGCCGACCGCGGGCCCGAGUCGGUCAAUGCUCGCGAAUGGAUGCGUAUCUGCUUUGAACUGCUGGACAUGUUGAAAGCCCAUAAGAAGGGUAUCCGCCGUGCCGCCAACAACACUUUCGGUUUCAUUGCCAAAGCCAUCGGUCCUCAGGAUGUGUUGGCUACCCUGCUUAACAACCUUCGUGUGCAAGAACGUCAGUCCCGUGUGUGUACUGCAGUUGCCAUCGGUAUCGUCGCCGAAACUUGCGCUCCGUUCACCGUCCUUCCAGCUUUGAUGAACGAAUACCGCGUUCCGGAACUGAACGUGCAGAACGGUGUCUUGAAGGCGAUGUCCUUCUUGUUCGAGUACAUUGGUGAGAUGGCUAAGGACUACGUUUACGCCGUGACGCCACUCUUGGAAGACGCUCUCAUCGACAGAGACCAAGUUCACCGACAAACCGCUGCCAGUGUCGUCAAGCACAUUGCUCUGGGUGUGGUCGGCCUCGGAUGUGAAGAUGCGAUGGUCCAUCUUCUCAACUUGGUCUUCCCUAACAUCUUCGAAACCAGCCCUCACGUUAUCGAUCGUGUUAUCGAGGCGAUCGACGCCAUUCGCAUGGCCGUUGGAACGGGCGUGGUCAUGAACUACGUAUGGGCUGGUUUAUUCCAUCCUGCCCGCAAGGUGCGCGUUCCAUACUGGCGGCUGUACAACGACGCCUACGUGCAGAGUGCCGAUUCCAUGAUCCCCUACUAUCCCGUCUUGGAAGACGAGGGCGUGGACCGGCACGAAUUGUCCAUCAUCGUUUAA